AUGAGGCAGAACCGAAACUUUAGAAAUACUUCCAAACGAGCAGCUCAGGGAGAAGUUCCAAGUGAUAAGAUAAACAAUUCACAAGAAGAACAAGCUAUCAAAGAGCGCUACUUGGGUCAAAAGCGUCUGACUAAGCGUCGACCUAGACGACUUAAUGAGAGGAAGUUUGUAUUUGACUGGGAUGUCGCGGAUGAUACUAGCCAAGAUUACAACCCGCUUUACAAAGAAAAGCAUCAGAUCCAGUUUUUUGGCCGUGGACACAUUGGUGGUAUUGAUAUUAAGCAACAAAAAAAGGAAAUUGGACGAUUUUAUUCAAAGCUAUUAGAAAGCCGCCGUUCCGACACCCAGAAAGUUCAAGAAAAGAAACGUUUAAGUGGUGUGGCAAAGCGUGAAGCUAAGCAGAAAUGGGAUGACAGGCACUGGACAGAAAAGGCCCUUGAUCAGAUGACUGAACGCGACUGGCGAAUCUUUCGCGAAGAUUUUAAUAUAUCUACCAAGGGAGGUAACAUUCCGAAUCCCCUUAGGUCUUGGGCGGAAAUGAAUGUUGCUGAUGAACUUAAGGAUGUAAUUAAAAAGGUUGGUUAUCCUGAACCAACACCAAUUCAACGCCAAGCAAUACCAAUAGGUCUGCAAAAUCGUGAUAUUAUUGGCGUUGCAGAAACAGGCUCAGGAAAAACAGCAGCUUUCCUUAUACCCCUGUUGAAUUGGAUUCAGCGACUUCCAAAACUGGAGAGGUUGGAGAGCAAGGACCAUAUGCUAUUAUCAUGGCCCCUACUAGAGAGUUGGCACAGCAAAUUGAGGAAGAAACAGUGA